AUGAAUAGCGAGGAACAUUAUUAUGCCCCGGCUCAAAUGUAUAAAGAAUCAUGUGCUUAUCAGAGAUCACAAACCCAAGGAUAUAAUCAAAGCCCACCAGCAUGUCUCUUUGUAGCGAGGCAGCCACAGACUUCAUAUGUCAACCCUUCCUUGUCAGGACUUGAACAAGACAACCCCGCUGAUAUUUCUCCUUUCGAUGUACCUGGAAUAUCUGAGGAUCCUACAGUCUCGCAUCUCCCCCAUCCGCAGCAGCAGCCUCCCGACCCGCACACCCACCAAGUGGCUUGCUUUGGGACCAGCUCUGAAAUGGGGGCCCUGGAUGACCACAGUAGAACGCAUCUGCCCUUCCCGUGGAUGAAAUCGACCAAGUCGCAUGCCCAUAUCUGGAAAGGACAAUGGCCGGGGAGUUCCUUUAUGGUGGAGCAGGAAGAAAAUAAGCGCACGCGCACUGCCUAUACCCGAGCUCAGUUGCUUGAGUUGGAGAAGGAGUUUCUCUUCAACAAAUACAUCUCCAGACCCCGCCGCGUGGAGCUGGCGGUCAUGUUAAACCUGACCGAACGACAUAUCAAAAUCUGGUUCCAAAACAGGAGGAUGAAGUGGAAGAAGGAAGAGGAUAAGAACAGAGCGAGGAAUGGCGCUCCGGAACAGGACUCAGUUGUCUCCUCCGGCGAUCUUAAGGAGGAUGUUUGUGCUCCCAAUAAUCCUAUGGGAAGAGACCUGCUGUCUGUCAGUGUCUCCUCUUCACAGCCCUGCACUUCCUUAAAAAGCCAAGGUACAGUUGCUAGAGACUCAGUGAAGAAUUCGUAA